AUGGUGGAAAAUUUUCUGCAAAACUACAAGUCUACGGGUCUCCACGACCCGCUGAAGUUGACGAUUCAGGAUUUCCUCCAGCGAAACGAAAACCAAAAGCCUCUGGACGAGCAGUUUCAAGUUUCGAAAAAGAUCUGGAAAAAAAUCUCGACGGAACUUUUGUCAAACAGCCGGAAGGAUUUCGACAACGACUGGACUCCGGACCUGCAGAUCGGGAAGGAGAGUAAGAAGGAAAGGGAAAAGCGAGUGAGCAAAGCCUCUUUUUCGUGCUUCACUUCUUUCGGUACUAGAAGCUCUGAUGUUUCAUCUCAUGCUUUUUCUUCUAGAAGUGGUGCAGCUGGUGCUACUUCAUCUCCCUCCUUCGCUGACAGUUUACUGGUUUCUGCAAUGCGAAAUAGCAGACCGCCCCCAACUAUCCUGUGCAAAAGUAUCGCACUCGUAUUGCAGUCAUGCAUUGCAAAUCCUUUUGUUAAGGUAAAUCCGCAUUACAAAUUUCAUUUCUCAUGCUGGGGAAAUUUGUAAUGCGUAUAAUAUACGAGUGCGAUACUUUUGCAAUGCAUACCAACCGCAGACGCGUUGUUCUCUGCCAUGACCACAACAGCUGCUGUCGCAGUGAACAACAAACAAUCGUCUUCUAGUACCGUGGUAACCGUGGAGCCGUUUCUGCAGAUUGUGCAGGCGUUUUUGGAGGUGUGGGGGGAGAGGCUGUUGUGCGAAAAGCUUUCCGACGUGGCGCAGAGACUCUACGAUGAAUACUUCGGCGUGGAGGAGGACACUGGUUUCGAAGAAACUGAUGAGCAGGGAUUUACAUGACGAGGAUCCCGGCCUCAGGACGCCGAUAAUGAGCCAAACGAAAGGUGUGCAUCUCGUCACCCAGGUAGUACUUUCGAAGAAAUAGUAGAAACCUGACACAAAGAGCAACUUGAGCUUCGAUAGUACCGUCGGAAACAGAAAUUUUGAAACGGGAACCCAGAAACGCGACAGGCGGACGAAGCUGAAAUAUGAUCGAACACCACACAGCACUUGUUCUUUAUUCUGAGGUAUUCGUGUGAUUAGUGCUGUUGACUUUUGGUUUAUCGCAUUCGAUCCUGUUUUUAGUAUUGAGCGG